AUGGCAUCCAAUAUGGACCGAGGUCUGCCUUCAGGCGCCUCCAACUCGCUCAGAUUGAACAACACGGUUCAUCCAAAUAUUGAACAAUGGCGUGGUCCCAUCGAAUCAGCUGCUCAGACAACAGGCGUUCCUGCAUCGGUGAUCGGUGGUGUAAUGUAUCAAGAAUCACGUGGAUAUGACAAUGUUAAUACUACACAAAAUCAACAGCGAGGACGCGAUGCAGGACUCAUGCAAGUCAAUGAUGCAACAUUGGUAGAUAUGAGACAAAAGCAUUCGCAUGAAUUCGCGGGGAAAAGUGGUCAUGAAGAAAAUAUCUUGGCCGGUGCUUACUACUUGAAAGAGAAUUACGACACAUUUGGUCGUUGGGACCUUGCAAGACGUGGAUACAACUCGGGUCCACAAGCUGUAGACCGUACCAACGCUCACAAUAUCAACCCUCAAUACCCGGAUGGAGAUCGUGAUUAUAUUCAACACACAGAUGAAUUCAUAGACGCACUCUCCAACGGAAAACCAUUGCGUCCAUGA